GGAAAUUCGAUGAAACGAAAAGCCUGAGGAGAUUUCACGCCAAAAAGUUUAAAGACCAGCUCAGGAGUUAAGGAGACUCUGGAGAUCCGUGUCCCACCCUCCACAUAUGGCUUGCUAUGAAAGCACUAAGGGAAGUUUGGAGGAGGACAGCUAUGAAGGAGCUCUUGGUGGAGAGCUGUGUUGUGCCUUGGCAAUGAUGGAAAAGAAGCGGGAAUCCCUUCUCAGCCCAUCAGAGAGCCCUGGCACUUUUAUCAGCAGCACCUCCUCAAGCUUUCAGACUACUGCCCCGCUCCAGGGCUAUGACGUGGAGUUUGACCCACCCCUAGAGAGCAAAUAUGAGUGUCCUAUCUGCCUCAUGGCUUUGAGGAAUGCUGUUCAAACACCAUGUGGUCACCGUUUCUGCAAGAACUGCAUUGAAAAGUCCAUUCGUGAUACAGGACAGAGAUGUCCUGUGGACAAUGAAAUGCUGUCAGAAGACCAGCUGUUUCCUGAUAACUUUGCUAAACGGGAGAUUCUAUCACUUACUGUUCGUUGUCCAAACUCUGGUUGUUCUGAGAAAAUGGAGCUGCGACAUUUAGAGAAUCAUUUGGCCCACUGUCAGUUUGCCACUGCGCCUUGCCCACAGUGCCAGCAGUCUGUGAGAAAGAGCCACCUAGAAGAGCACAAAACUGUUGAGUGCCAAAGGAGACCUAUGUCGUGUCCAGAUUGCGUGGCAUGCUUUGUUUACGAAGAGAGAGAGCUUCACGAGCAGCAGUGUCCCUUUGCCAACGUUAAGUGCCAGUACUGUGAGCUAGAUCUGAUCAGAGACCAGAUGGAAUCUCACUGUGAUACAGAUUGCCCAAAAGCACCCAUCGCCUGUAAUUUUAGCAUCUUCGGAUGUAAAGAGAGGAUGCAGCGCCAUAACCUGGCUCAGCACAUGCAGGAGUUCACACAGAUGCAUAUGCGCUACAUGGCUGAGUUCCUGCGUGGCCUUAGCCUCAAUGGCACACCACCCAAAUCCCCGUGGGUGCUUGGACCUUCUCUUUCUUCUGAGGAUCAAGGAGCUGCAGCCUCGGUAUCAGCCUCUAGUGGGCCCAGAGGAGCUGUAGGCUGCAGCAGCAACUGUUCUCCAUCUCAGCCUAGUGAAGAGAUGCAGAGGCUCAGAGAGAUGGAUGGAAGAUUGGUGAAGCAGGAUCACCAGCUACGGGAGCUCAUCAUCUUAAAAGAAACACAGGCGGGUCAGCUUGCAGAGCUCAGGCGUAGGGUGUCGAUGCUGGAAGAGACAGUGAAAGAGUUGGAGGCACAGCAGUGCCGCGGCGUAUUCACCUGGCGCCUCAAAGGUUUCUCCGCCCACCUGCGGAAUCAAGAAGCAGGCCAGCCGGUGGUUGAGCACAGCCCCGGCUUCUACACAGGCUGUCCAGGCUACAAGUUGUGCCUGCGUUUACACUUGCAGACCCCCAAUGCCCUGCGUUGCUCCAACUUCAUUUCCCUCUUCGUCCACACCAUGCAAGGGGCUUUUGACGCGCAGCUUACUUGGCCAUUUCAAGGCACCAUCCGGCUUGCAAUCCUAGACCAGAGCCCAGAGGGCCAGCACCACAUGGAGGUGAUGGAAACUAAGCCAGACCUGCAAGCCUUUCAGAAGCCCACCAUCCAACGCAACCCCAAAGGAUUCGGCUACGUUACCUUCAUGCACCUUACUCAGCUGAGUCAGAGAGCCUUUAUUAAAGACGACACCCUACUUAUCCGCUGUGAAGUGACACCGCGCUUUGACAAUAUGGCUCACCGCGAGGGACCAACAGUGCAGCCGAGAGGGCCUGAGGCAUCGGUUUCAAGGGACUAAAGUCAGAACUCAUAUCUUUGGGCUCCCUGUUAACGCUGACAUGUCAGUACAGUACAGCUGUAGGUAUUUCAGUACUGCUCAGUUCAUUUUAAUUGGUAGACAUCAGGGGGAGGAGGAAGAUUUAUGUUGACAACCAUUUGACAUUUGGACACAGCAAGAAUCCUAGUAUUUAUUUGUUUACCAACUUUUAAAUGUCAAUACAAUUUUUGUUUUAAUAGACAUAUACAGCACAAUUCUUUUAAAUUUUUGUAUUUACUCACGCAUAUGGUACCAACAUUCAGCAAGCCUCGUGUUCAAAUUGUGUAAAUUGUCAAUGUUUCACCAGCUCAAGAUGACACGUUUAAAUUAUAUUCUUGCUUCUUUCUGACUGAAAAUUAAGACAGACUUUGCUCUCUUCUUCUGGUUGUUGGAGACGCUGCUGAAUGUUAAAGAUACCCUGUGGAGUUUUUGAUCCUCCAGUGGCACCAUGGAGAAGAGUUUUGACAAGCAGAUCCCCAUUUUAUUUUAUUUUACCUCAUUCUCUACUAGCGCACGCACACAAGGAUCCACAAGUAUGUAUGGAGGCAUGUGAGAGAUGUGACACACAUUCUUUAUCGCUGCAGAGGGCGUGUUGUGAAAGUGAAUAGUGCAUAGAGUCCAUAGAAAAUGAAGAAGAAAGUGAACAGGCGAAAAUAAGCCACCAGGGACAGCCCAGAGCUGAGUGGCAUUUUUUGUUGUGGCCACAGUUGGAAUAGUGAGAAACUUGACAUGAUUGGGUGCAAAAAAACAUUUUCCUGUACUGGAUCAUAUAAAACAAAAUGCCACAAACACUGAAAUUACCCAUCUUUAUCCCAAAAUGAGACCAACAAAUAUAAAACAUCUUCAUUUUCAUGCCAAAAACAUGGAAAUCUGAAGAAUUAUUUUUUCUUGAAUGCGUGUGGUGAGCAACUUUUCUAGAAAUAAAUGGGGUGUUAUCAUGGAACACAGUAUCCAUUUCUCUUUAAUAUACCUGCAGGUGAAACAAGAUGAGAACAGCAUCCAAAGCAAAGAGACAUGUCUGGCCAUGUCCAUCAAACAAAAGGACGGCUAGAUGAGAUCGCUUGGAUUCAUGGUAUUAUUCUGGGUGUUUGGUGGUGGUGAUGUGGUAGCAGCUUGGCAAUCAUUUGGAUGAGUCAACUGCAAACACAUUGUGUUUACACUAAAGCUCCACAGGGUA